AUGAACAUUCAUCUUUUUCCAUGUUUUGUUCCAUUGACAAAAUGUGAUUUAACAUUAGUUGAUGUUCGAUCAGUUGAUCAGCCAGUGCCAACAAUAAACCCGAAAAUUCAUAAUAUAUCUAAACAGAUAACUUCUAUUCUUGAUCGUACAUUUUAUUAUGCUCAAGUUGGUCAAAUCUUAUUAAAACAACAUAAUUUAGGACUUACAACUGUAACUAGUAUACCGAUGAAAAUGUUGAUUAAUGUUCAAGUUUAA